UUGAGCCUGGAAUGUCCUAACCUGGCAAUGCAGAGACAGACACCUUCCCUAAAUAUGAUUCACUGUGAGGAGCUCAAAAUGAAGAAGAAAGAUGCAGAGGAUUGCAUGGAGCUGUGCCCCAAUCAGUGUGUUGAGAUGGAAAGGUGUGAAAGUAAAGAGCUGGAUGUUGAAAUAAGGAACCUGAUAGGGAAGAGCAACGCUUUGGAGUCGUGUGAGGACCCCAAACCUCUUGCCCAAGAGAGGCUGAGCCCUCAGAGAACUUCGUGUUCCCUUAAGAGCCGCGGUGAAGGAAGCACUCCAGGCCAGCUUGGAUGCACCUGGGCAGGUGAGAGUCACAUGGAAGCUCCAGCAGAACCAUUGCAGUCAAGGCACACGUUACUGAGCAAAAAGAAGCCUUUACCAUCCAAUUCUCCAGAGCAACAGAUCCUCACACUGGAAAGACAGAGACGAGAGCUUUUGGAGGUGAACAAGCAAUGGGAUCAUCAAUUUAGAAGUAUGAAACAGCUUUAUGAAAAGCAGCUGGCAGAGAUGAAGGCAAGGCUGGACGUGUCGGAGAGGAGAGUAAGCGAGCUGGAGCAGGAGAGGCACUGGCAGCAUCUGGAGGAGGGGAGGUGGCAAGUGCUGGGCAGGGAGAGGCUGCUGCAGGAAAAGAAAGAUACAGAGGUCCUUAGUGAAGCUCUCAAUGAAAUGAAGGAAGAGAACAGGCUCCUGAAGCAGAAGAAUGCAUCAAUGACCAGGAGGAAGGAAUACUAUGAGAGUGAAAUAAGUCGUCUCAACAAGGCCCUUCUGGAUACGUUGAAAAAGCAGCACCCACCUGUUGUUGGGACUCCUCCAGGGAAGGGUGACAGGAACAGCAUCGAGGAGAUGAGAACCCAGCUUGAAGUUCUUAAACAGCAGGUCCAAAUAUACGAGGAGGACUUCAGGAAGGAGAGAUCUGACCGAGAGAGGCUUAAUGAGGAGAAAGAAGCACUGCAGAAAAUUAAUGAGAGAUUGCAAUCUCAACUGAGUAAACUCAGCUCUCAGACAAAAGACUUUCCAGUACAGCCUCAGAGGCCCAGUUACCCAGCCCCACUGUUCCUCUCCCCGUGUGUCAGUUAUGGGGGCUGUGGGAUGGUUCUUCACUGUCCGGAUCCUCGGGCACACCCAGUGCCUCGCAGGGCCCAGCAGCAGCAGCAGGGCUUGCCAGACUAUCAGUGGUGUGUUCCUGACCAGCUUCCGCCAGAUGUGCAGCGCAAGGCAAAUGAUUCCUCCCUGGAGAAGGGAGCCCAUCGCUGA